AUGUCUAACUCUAAACCUGUUGAUCUAGAAUUAAAGAAGGCCUUUGUGGAAUUACAGAUUAAAAUGGUGGAAACGAGUAAAAAAAUACAAAUAAUAGACAGUCAAAUUGGAGUAUUGAAAAGAGUUUUACAACAUGCCGAUAUUACUCAGCGAGAAAUCAGUACAUUACCAUCUGGAACUAAAACUUACGAAUCCGUAGGAAGAAUGUUUUUAUUAACAGACUUAGAUGAAAUUAAGAGUAAUCUUAAGAAUAGAAUAUCUCUUUUAACCACACGUACCUCAGAAUUAGAAAAUAAUAAACAAUAUUUGGAGAAGAAUCUAAAAGAGAGUGAAGACAAUAUAAGAGAGAUGGUGCAACAACGGAAAGAACAAAGUGAAGCCAAA